UCCGGAUCGUCGCCCAGUCCUCUUCGGUGAGCUGCAGUCCACGAAGGAUUGGCGUGCCGACAUGAUCAGCCUGCCUGCGCAAGGCGUCCUCACCCCAGGUACUCCGCCGUUUGUGCGGAAGGACGAGCGUCGGACGGAACGCACUGCUCUCUCGUCGCUCCAUUGUCUCGGGUUAUAUACAUGCCCGGGAGACUGACAUAUCCCACCAGGACGAUAUAGCUACUGAGAGCAGAUGAUGCGGGGCCAAUUCGCAGAGCGAAAUCAAGUUUACACCCACCUACCAGACUGGACGAGAGCUGACCCGCCACGGUACCGUUCCACCGCCACUCUUCACGCGCGAGCAUGAGCAACGCCUCCAACUCGCCACUGACGCCAGCUGAGCCGUCCAAGCCUCGCCAGCCCACGACAUCCUUGAAUCUCCUCCUUCCCAAUUUCGACCGCUCGUCCAAGUACUUCAACCUGCCGAAGACAGACAAUGCGCUCACCAAGGAACUGGAACGCCUGACAGCAGUCGGCAUCAAAUUGUACAACGAGCGCCGCUUUGUAGAACUUGCACAGUCCGGCCUCAUCUCUCCCAAUUUGAUCAAAGUCAACCAGGAUGGCAACGUGCGGAACAGCGACUUCAAAGGCCACAUGGUUGACCACAAAGCUAUCGUAGCAGAAAACCCGGAGUUCCAGUCGAGGAUCGUCGACAUUGCAGUGGAUGCCGACGAGUGUAAGGGUCUCGGCACAACAUUCGCUCUCCUUGAAGUCACAGGCUACCCUUCAACACUCUGUCGACAAACAAUCAGUGUGGUCAAAUGGAAGCGCAACGGCGAAGGGCAGUGGCAGAUUGCAAAUGUUGCCAAUAUGCGUGGAGCACAGGGGUUUGCUUAACAUUCGCCAAUCAUGGCCCCGACAAACACUUCCUGGGAUUGCCCUAUACCACGUGCAUGACCAUGUGGGAAGUCCAAAAUCAUUUUGACCACCUGAUUGCAUGCUACGCUCUCAUCGCAAAUUCAUAAGCUAACUGCAGCUGAUGUGUGCGGGAGUUGCCGCGCGUUCGGACUCAACACCAUUAAAUCGACAAAGUCUUGAGGGAGCACAGAACGGAAACCUGCAGCCAAAGACCACGCAAGCCCAGUCCUGAGCGACAAAAAAACCAGUGGCGCGAGUGCUGUCUGUUUUCUGGAGCUCGAUCCGCUUUGACUUAGCGAUCGAGGAACAGGACAUGACUGCCCAGCCAGCUGUGAGCGAUCAAUUCAGCGAUCAAGAGUACCGGCGUUACGACGAAACAGCAUUUAGCGGCAGAACAAAAAAGCUGGCAGCAGGAACGGCGACCCGAAGACCACUCAACAC